CGUGUUUGCCUCAGUCCUUACCCUUGUUAGUUUGCUAUUGUUUGUCGCUUGAAAAAAUGAUAAAAACUGGGCUUUUAGGACUAAGAAAUGUCUUCAGUCGAGGACAGGUGCUUUCUGCAGCUUCUAUCAGACUUCAACACAGUCAAGCCCAACAAGUUGGCCAGCAUGCUGCUCCUCUACGCCCAGAGACGUCCAGCGCCAAGUCCCUGAUGGACAUUGGGACCCGGCGGAUCUUCAACGAGGACCAUGAUCUGUUCAGAGAAAGUGUGCGCCGCUUCUAUCAAGAGGAGGUUAUUCCACAUCACAAAGAAUGGGAGAAGGCUGGUCAGGUGAGCAGGGAGGUCUGGGAGAAAGCAGGAGAGAAUGGCCUGCUGGGAGUUAUGAUACCCGAGGAGCAUGACGGCAUUGGAGGAGACCUGUUCUCUGCCGCCGUUACAUGGGAAGAGCAAAUGUAUUCCAACUGCUCCGGUCCGGGAUUCUCCUUGCACUCUGAGAUCGUCAUGCCAUACAUCGUCAACUACGGCAGCAAGGAGCAGAUCAAACACUAUAUUCCUCAGAUGGUUGCUGGGAAGUGCAUCGGUGCGAUUGCAAUGACAGAGCCAGGAGCAGGAAGUGAUCUUCAGGGUGUGAGGACGAACGCUAAGAAGGACGGCGACGACUGGAUCCUCAACGGCAACAAGGUGUUCAUCACAAACGGUUGGAUGGCCGACCUGGUCAUAGUAGUAGCUGUGACAAACAGGGAGGCGAAGACAGCGGCUCAUGGCAUCAGCCUGUUCCUGGUGGAGAACGGCAUGAAGGGCUUUCAUAAAGGACGCAAGCUGGAGAAGAUCGGGCUGAAGGCGCAGGACACGGCGGAGCUGUUUUUCGAGGAUGUGCGGCUUCCAGGGAGCGCCCUCUUGGGACAACUAAACAAAGGUUUCUACUACCUGAUGAAUGAACUUCCACAGGAGCGUUUGUUGAUCGCUGACAUGGCCAUCGCGAGUGCUGAGUUCAUGUUUGAGGAAACCAGGAACUACGUGAUGCAGAGAAAGGCUUUUGGCAAGACGAUCUCUCACCUGCAGACUGUGCAACACAAGCUGGCUGAGCUGAAAACAGAGAUCUGCGUGGGCCGAUCCUUCUUAGAUAACUGCCUUCAGCUCCACGCUGAGAAGCGCCUGGACCCUGGCACGGCCUCCAUGGGCAAGUACUGGGCAUCUGACCUCCAGAACAGGGUUGCCACUCAGUGCCUGCAGCUCCAUGGAGGGUGGGGCUACAUGUGGGAAUACCCCAUUGCCAAGGCCUUUGUUGAUUCUCGUAUUCAGCCCAUUUAUGGAGGCACUAACGAGAUCAUGAAGGAGCUCAUCGCUCGCACCAUCGUCAGCCAGAAGUGAGAAAUUUGGACGUUUUCACGGUGGAGGAGGAGCACUGGGGAAGAGGGCUGGUUUUGCACAGAUGAUCUUUUAUGUUGUCUGAAAAUGGUUGAAAGUACGUUGAUUGGGAAGUUUCCAAACGUGCAUUAAGAAUGCUGGAGUUCUUCGAAUCAAUCGAGGAUUAAACCCACACUUGGUUAACUCUUUCUGCCUCUUAUGAACGAAAAAGUCAAAUUCAAUGCAACAGGUUGACUGAAAUAUUACACAGUACACUUGGGUGGCUUGUUGUUGCUACUGUUGGCAAUCUUUAGGUUGCUAUUGCCUUGUGAAUGACAUCAGUGAUUGCAACUUUAUGGUUCUACUUCUGCCAGAUUUAAGCUCUUAGCAUUGACAUGCACCUGUCAUUUUGACCACCAGGGGUCACUGUUUUACCAGAGUAUGACAUAUUAUGACGUCUUGAUUUAGCAGUUCUUGAACAAAACGGAUUUUAAGAUGAAGAAAUUUGGUUUUUGAUUUGGAGCUUUGCUGAAUGAUUCCCUAUUUUUAUGUCUGUUUCUGUGUCCAUUUACUACUCACUGUAGUGCCAGUUGUGUAUAUAUUGCUGUGAAAACUAAGAUUUAAGCUAUAAUGGAUUGUACUUUUAAUAAUUCUUCAUGACUGAUUUGUAUGUGCAUUUGUAUCUCAUGUACAGGCCUUUAUUUCAGCUGUUAAAUGCCUGCUUGAUCAAAUCAGUACAGUCCAGUGUUGUUUAGAAUGAACAAGACAUGAUAUUUUGAAGCUGCUGCAACUUUGAGGAAUGAUUUAACCAGUUUUGUCAGUGUUGCGCUUUAGUGAAGAGGAAUUCAAGGCUUUCCACAGCAGAUUUUCAAACCCCAGUUUGCAUAAUAAACAAAGCCAAGCUGA